AUGGUGGUUUUCCACAGCGUGGGCAUGCCGAUAGAGACUUGCCUUCAAAGAUCGUUUCUACUCGAAGCCAGUGAACCAGCGAAUGCUAUCGUCGCUCUUCCGUGGCGACGUCAUUUCUGGAGGAUGAGCGCUCGAACAUGCUCUUGCAAAAUUAAAGUUAAUGAAGAGUACCCAGCUAUAUAUUAUAUACCUUUUGCGAUGAAGAUUCGAGAAUGGUCCACAACUGCUAUCAUGGGUAAAGAUAAAGAAUUGAAACUUCAGGAUUUUUAG